UAAAAACAUCAAACCUACAAGCUUUCAACCUGGAACAAACAUGACAUAUGCUCACUUAAGUUUUUAAUCCAGAACAUAUCCUUCAUACUCCUCGCCCCAUUUUCUCUUUAUCAGGCAUGCUACAAAAAGAAGCCUGGCAAGGCAGGAUUGUUUACAACCAGAGCCAAAAGGAUAUCCUCCAGAAAUGGUUUGAACACAACCCUUACCCUGAUAAAGCUUCCAGGCAACAAAUGGCCAAGGAAAUUGGCAUUCCAGAGUCUAAAAUUCAGAUUUGGUUUAAAAACCAUAGAACGAAACAGAGACAGUUGGAAUCUGAAUGUUACUUAGGAAAAGACCAAACCCAGGUGCAGGAUGAGACUCUAACUUGGACUCAAGAAUACUUACCAAAAGAAACCAGACAAGACCAGACAUUUGUUACAAGAUCUCAAUCAAACAUCCUAAUUCAAGACUUUGAAAGGAGCCAAUUCCCUUGUAUUGUGAACAGAAAAAAAGGGGCUAAACAAAUAGGCAUUCCAGAAUCAACAAUUCAAAACCGAAGAUCUCUGUACCCUGGGCAGAGCAGAAGUGAGCCUAUGACUUCCUUGGUAGAUGAUCCAAGUGAGAGACCAGAUCUAAUAGUUCAGCAGCACGAAUUUGACCUUUCCACUCUUACAGGCAGGUCUCAUCAUUUUCCUUCCUCCAAAUCUUUCAGCCAGAAACAAACAUUUCUACCAGCUCAUCUCCCAUCCCAUGUGUCUUUUGUUCCGUGUGUGACCCAAGGACCAAGUGUCAGGAUGGUGCAGCCCAUACCAGCUGCAAAGGGAGGAGACAGCUCUCCUACUCCGACACUUAGGAGUUAUGUGCCAAUGCCACCAACUCUGGGAGGAGACCUCUCAGAUACCGAGACUGAUUUCCUAUCACCCCCAAACCAAGAAAAGUGCCAGAAUCAAAAACAACAGACUGGCACAAGAGUAGGGCAGGUGAAGGACUGUUCUCAGCCUCAUCCUGAACACAAAAAGCCCCAGUUACAGGAACUGGACAUAUCUUACAUUAUGCAGUGGUGGGAUGAGGGCUGCCAGGCUCUGAUUGCAGAAUGGGAUCCUGGAGAAGGAACACACUAAGACUUGUGGCCACAGCAAUCAAUGGAGAAUCAUCUCAUCCCCUUGGCCAACUGCACCAGCAACAUGUAGAAAUCCCACGCCUGUUAAAUCAAUUCCUACCACACACAGGUUUUUAGAAAAGGUAUAACCACAGAAAGAGGGAGGACCAGGACCCCAGUUUUGCCUCAGUGAAGAAGAUUUUCAGACUCAGCGCCACAUGCUGCAAGCUCACCCAAGGCCUGAACUUUCGGAGGUAGAAAUAUUCUCAGAAUAAGGUCAAGACCUCCUUUCUUUAAUACAGAAUCAGUACAAUUUAUAGGAUAAUGAAAAUGAAGUCAUCCUUUUUGGGACAAGAAUAAUUCAAGUAGGAGAAACCACUUGAAAACCCAAAUGGAGGUUUUCACGGUCUUGUGGGCAGUGGUUAUUUGCCCUGUUCACUUCACGAGGAUGGUUUCCAGGCUCCAUACUGCCUCUGGAAGCACUGUGGGCACUACCUGGCUGCGGAAUCCUGAACAAAGCAUUUUACUGGCAAAUAAAACCUCCUUGUGAGCACCCCAUCCUCCAGAGUCUGGAAAAUCUACAAACUAUAAUCACAUCCAGAUGAGAAUAGGCCCAUGAGGGACACUUUGGUACUUCUGAAAAGCUAACAAGGCAAACUGAAGUUUAUUUGUCAUAUAGAAAAUGAAAGGAUGCUAUAUUUUCUGAUGAUGUGACUUCGUGAAAGUGAGCUUUUUCCCUGAGCUCUGAGGAUCAGAAUUGGGAAGUAGAAGCUACCUCAGCAUCCAUCAUAAGGGAGCGGUUAAAUUAAUUCAGAUAAAUCCAAAAUUCUGAAAAUUCACUUAGGAUUUUUUCCUUGUUUUUUGAUUUUUCUUUUUAUUUCCUUUUAUUGCUUUUUUAAAAAACUUUGACUAACAUACAAUUAACUUUAACUAUAAGGAAAAUAUAGUGGCAACACCAUACAGUCACUAAACAGUCCCAUGUUAGUAUUGCCAAGGUUUUAGGCUUUUCAUAUAUAUAUAUUCACAUGUGUACAUAUAUACAUAUAUAUUCACAAAAUAAGUAUUUUGUCAUUUUAUUAUAAAUUAUAUGUUAAUCUAAAAUCUGCGAAACCAUUCUUAAUCCUCUCCCUUCUUUGGAAAUGGUAACUUUUAAAAAUAGGCUUUAGUGUAUAAAGAUGUAUAUGGUGUAUAUGGGUCUUCCCUUAGUACAAUAAAAAUCUUUGAAAAAAAUACCUCCUCAUUCAUUUUAUCAAUUUACAUUGAUAAGUCUCACAUUUGUUUACUUUUCCCCAUGAACGGACUGGGACAUGGUUAGUACACAUACAUCCAGUUCCACCAAGAUACCACUUUGUACUAAUAGAGCUGAAGAGUGGACAUAUACACUGCUGACUGCAUACAUUAAGUGAAAGAGUUUCUCAAGUAUUUAUAUACUAUAGCACAACUGCCAGAAUAUUCUACCAUCACAAUUUAUGGUUAAUUUACACUGAGAAGUUAUUUUUCCUACUAAGAACUAAACUUUCAUUAAUUGCCUAAAAAAUUAAAACUAAUAUGCAUGUGUACACACACAAAUACAAUUAGUGUUAGAUGUCUUUAAUUAUUUGAUAGUGUUGAUAAAAUGCACAUGUUGUUUAGAUGACUUAAACAACAUAAAAUUUCUUUUCUCACAAUUCUGGAGGAUGGAAGUCCAGGAUCAAAGUGUUUGCAGGUUUGGUUUCUUUUGAAGAUUCUCUUGCUAUGCUGAUGCUUUCCUCUCCCUGGAUCUUUAUAUCUUUCCUCUAUGUACACUAUGCCAGUGUGCCUCUCUGUAGGUCUAAACUUCUUCGUAAAUUUCAUUUUCUUAGCUCCAACUGCACUGCCUCUGGCUUUGGUUUUGGUAUAUUUACACAGUAUACCAAAGGCACUAGAAGCUAUCCAAUCCAAUGGCAUCCUAUAACACCUGUAAAAGAUUGCUUUGUAAAAAGUUUACACUGUCUUUUUGAAAAUGUAGGAAAAUAAUUUGAUUUACUUAAGAUAUUCUUGUAGACAACAGCUAUCAAUUAAAUAAACUACUGGGCAUAAGAGUAAUCAACAAGCUGCUCUAUAAAACCCAAGUGAGAUUUCCAAAUCUCUGACCCUUAUCUGUGGCAGCCCAUGGUGGCAAGUGAUGAUCCCAGGAAACAGCAUAAUAUAUUUCCAGAAAGAUCCCAGGACAAGUACAGUAUCAAAUCUGAAGGCUGCAGAUUGAAAAUCUAAAGAGCAACUGAGGAAGGCCUCCUUGUUGACAGACACAGUAGGAGGCACAGAACCUGAGAGAAAAAGACCAGAAAGAUAUGCAGAGUGAAUGCCAAGGUCAUAAUUAUCAUUAAUAAACAUAAAUAGCAUUUGUUGUAAGAAAAUAUACUCAAGAAGCAAAUUAAAAACAAGGCAAUUUAUUGGGAAGAUGAGACAAGAGAGAACACAAAAUACUAAGUCCACAUUGAUGAUAAGGCGCUUCCUCCUGAGUGGGAUAUUCUUGCUCCUGGAGAAAAUGACUAGAUCUGUCUUUACAAUGGAGGUUUUUAGCAAACCCUGACUUUUUAUUUGGGUGUUAACUCUGUGCUUUCAGACCACAUUCCCUGGAAAAGCUCACAAUCUAUAGCCCAAGGAGAAUAGAUCUUGAUUACUGUAAGUCAACUGAUUCAAUUUCACUUGCCCUUCUAGAGAUGGGCUUAGGAAGAGGUAUGUGCCAUAACUCUGGCCAAGGAUAAGUCUCUGAGGAGUUUCCCAUUAAUAAAGGUAACACCUAACAGGAAAUCCUCCCUCUUCUGUUGGAACUGUAACCACUGCCUUUCAUCCACAAGGGGAGCAGCCUACAGGACAAGCUAAGGAUAGCAGAGCAGAAAAUCAAAAGUACCCUGAAGCUAUCCUACAUAUAUGAAAUAAGAAACCUUU